GCGGCUCCCCCGACACGGGCGGUGGGCGGCUCCGCGUCCCCGCAGCAGCCGGGACCCCAACCCCUUGGCCGGCCUCGGGCCGAGCCUGCGCCCCACGCCUGCCGCUCUCCCCGGGGCGGCGGGGACGGGGAUGCUCGCUGCUCAUGGAGCCGCCGUCGGCGAGCCCGGGGCUGCUGAGCGCCCUGUCCCGGGCGGGGGGCAAUGAGAGCGGCGGGGCGGCGGAGGAGGCGGGCUGGUCGGGCGCGGCGCUGGCCUCGCAGGCGCUGCUGCUGGCGCUGAUCUUCGCCCUCUCGGCGCUGGGCAACGGGGCCGUGGUGCUGGUGAUCGCCCGGCACCGGCAGCUGCGCACCGUCACCAACGCCUUCGUGCUGUCGCUGUCGCUCUCCGAGCUGCUGGGCGCGCUGCUCUGCCUGCCCCUCGCCUUCCUGCGCCUGCUCAGCCGCCCGCGCGGCGCCUGGCUCUCCGGCCAGCGCCUGUGCCUGGCCAGCGCCGCCCUGCACGCCGGCCUGGGCAUCGCCGCCACCCUCACCAUGGCGCUGCUUUCCUUCGACCGCUACUGCGCCAUCGUGCGCCAGCCGCGCCGCAAGAUGGGCCGCCGCCGCGCCGCCCAGCUGCUGGCCGCCGCCUGGCUGGCGGCGCUCGGCUUCGCCGCGCCCUGGUACCUGCUGGCCCAGGCGGCGGGCGCGGGCCACGGGGCCGGCGCGGGCCGCUGCACCUACGUGCUGCUGCCCUGGGGCUCGUCGCGGCUGGGCCCGCCCUACAGCGCGGCGCUGAUCGUGCUCUGCUACCUGCUGCCCUUCGCCCUCAUGUGCUUCUGCCACUACAACAUCUGCCGGGCCGUGCGCCUCUCCGAGAGCCGGGUGCGGCCGCUCACCACCUACGGCCACCUGCUGCGCUGCUACGGGGAGAUGCGCACCGCCACCACCGUGCUCAUCAUGAUCGUCUCCAUCAUCUGCUGCUGGGGGCCCUACUGCGUCCUGGGGCUGGCGGCCGCCGCCGGCCACCUGCCCUUCUCGCCCACCGUGGACGCCGUGGCCAGCUGGAUGGCCUGGGCCAACGGCGCCAUCAACCCGCUCGUCUACGCCGCCCGCAACCCCAACAUCGCCAUGCUGCUGGGCCGCAGCCGCGAGGGCGGCUACCGGACUAGGAACAACGUGGCCGCUUCCCUGGCCGCCCGGGGCCCGCGCCUGGAGGCCCGCGGCCGGGCCGAGCCAGGCUGGGAGCGCGGUGCCCAGCAGCGGCCCGGCGGCCACGCCGCCAGCACCCUCUCCUCCUCCAGCCCGGCCAGCGGCGGCGAGGUGGCCAUGUGGGCCUGCAAGAACCCGGCCGUGCUCUUCUGCCGCGACGCGCAGCCCGGCGCGGCCGCCCAGCCGCCCAAAUCCGACACGGCCGACACCAGCCUCUGACGGGGCCCGCUGGGGAAAGCUGCCUGGCCGCGAGCUGGCUCGGGCGGUGGCACGGGUGCCCACGGGAUGGCCUGGGAGACCUGCGGCUUGGGCCGUUGGAAACUCGGCUGCGCAAAGCGCUGGGUACUGGGGAGCAACGUGCAGGGGGCUGCCCUGGAUGAGCUAAUGGGUCUGCUCCAGUUCUUAAUGCCAGCGUGGGAGACAGAGGACGUACCCCGGGGCAGGUGCGCUGGCUCUCCCCAUUUCAGCAGGGGAUCAGAGAUGCCCGGGAGAGCUGCUGAAAUGAGCCCAGGACACAGCUGAAGAGAGGGAGGGUGGCAGUAAUCACCCCGUGACUAAAAGAAAAGGAGGACUUGUGGCACCUUAGAGACCAACCAAUUUAUUUGAGCAUAAGCUUUCGUGAGCUACAGCUCACUUCACCUAUGAGCUCAUCUCCCUUUAGCUAAAAAGUGCCCACAGGAAGUUAAGAACAACACGAGCCCCCUGACCCUUGGGAACUAUUAAGUGCCAAAAAAAAGUGUCUGAAAGCUGAGUAUUGCCAGCUCAAAGACACACAAAACGUAUCACACUGUGAAAACCACAGCUUUGCAGGAGACAAUUGCUUUAACACAUUACAUGUGGAAAUACACCAAGUCUCAGACUAGGACAGACUGAAAACCUUGAGGUUCAUUUUUAAAUCCCAAACAUAAGAAAAAUCCCAUUCAGAGCUCUCCAGAUUUAAAGAAAACAUGCAAGGUUAGCGGGGAGAAGAAUGAAACUUGAAGCCCCAUGAAAUCUGUGAUAUUUCAGUAUAUACAUUCAGUGUGAGAAGUAUUUCAAAUGGGGAAAAUUCCCAGAAAUGGGAGAUCAGUACUGUAUUCUGAUCCAGACAAAAUUGAAGAAAAGAUAAAAUAUGGGUUUGGAAUAGAUGCGGCAUCAUUCAGUUUGUAGACUUUUGAAUUUCCUCUUGGAGAUGGACAAAACUGUCUAAUUUCAUUUAACAUCCUUUGAAUAGAUUUAUAUGAGCCCCUAGGGAGAGGUAGGUAUUCUGUUGAAGGAGAGAAAAAGCAAUGUGAUGAGUCUAGUUUGUGUUUCGGGGUGCACAUUACCUGCUCACUGCAUUACUCAGUUGACCUAUUAGAAUUUAACGAUAUUUGGAAAACAGCUUUGAUUGCCAGUACUGAUAUCAUAUAAAAACAAAAAGAGCACAAAUCAAUAUGUUGAAACCAACUCACAUGAAAUGCUGCUGCACAGCCAAUCCUCAACUUGGGAUUUAUGAAUUUAUUUUUCCUCAGAGGUUCAGGAUCUCAAGCCUUAAAUUAAUACUUUUAAUUGGAAAUGAGAUUCAGCUGUUCUGUUACCUUCACUAAAUUUAAAUGUGAAGAAAUAGUAUUUUUUCUUGUACAGUAUUUAAAUUAUAAUGUUUUAUCGGAUUUUUCAACUGUUUGUGACUCCAGUGGGUAUAUAUCAUUCUUUUGUAAAUGAGACAAGAAAUAAAUUGUCUUUUAUGCAAGAGAUUAAAAUGUUUCUGCUUUUUAUCAUCCAAAAGCUAAAUAUGAAAGGACAAAGGGGUGGCAAAAUUGCCACGAUAACAAUGGGGAGAAAUUUAAUGGUAGAUAAAAAUUUUAAAAUCUUGAUAAUUUGUCAUGCUUUCAUAAUUACUAUACUUUUCUAGUUAGGGCUCCAUCAUGCCCCUUCUUAAAUCAGUGUGAGAAAGAUUUGACCCUUAAAGACAGUCUCAAUACUAACAUUUGCACAUACAUGGUUUGAACCUGCAACCAAUACUACAUAUAGUGUUUGUGAUAUAAAGGGCCCGUCCCCUAGGGACUGGAAUGAGACUACCACUGCAUUUCACAAAGGCCAGUAAACAAACAGCUUAGGGAUAGAAAAGUUUUUUAUUGCUUGUAGUUUUGCUUCUCUGGCCUGCCCAGCCUUAGAUUGCUACAGAAUUAAUUGGGCGUUACAUGUCUUUUUUUUUUUUUUAAAGUCUUUGCUAAGAUUUCAUUAUUUAUUUUACUCUGUAUACUUUUGUAUUGGUUUAUAUAAUUUUAUUUAUUUGGAUUUAUACACUCUAAACAGGCACCUAUCCAUAUGCUCUAGCUACAUUACUUUAUUAUAAAAGUACCUACAUGCUAUAAAACUACAGAGAUAAUAGGAAUGUGUAAGAUACGUGAUUUCAGAAUGCUAUUUAUCAGUUUUUCACCAUCAUUUAAUUUAUUAUAAUUGCAAACAUGCAAGCAGGUGUGGUUUGUGUGUCCCUCAACAGACAGCAUCUCCAGCAUUGUGCUCGAGAGCUGGUUCAGUACUGGCUUAAGUUGCAUCUACUCUUGAGACAUUGAACAUCCCUUAGCAAGUUUGUGCCAGAGUAGGGGUAUUAACUCAAGUAACCUGAUCAAAUUCCAGCUCAAAAAAUUACCUUCCACAUUCCUAAAACAUCCCCUGAACUUUCAACUGAAUAGAAUAUUCUUUACCUUCCUAUCUGAAAUCUUGUUGCUGAGUGCUGUUAAACCAUUUCAGACGUAGAUGUUUUGAUCUCAGUGUUCUUUUCCUAUCUGUUUAAGGUCCCAGUCCUGUAACCCUUUCACACACAAAUAGUUUCACAUCAAUGGGGAGCACCUGUGUGACUAAGGAUUAUAGAAUCAGGCCAUUAAAGUUUGUAAAACACGAUGAAAGACUGUAUAAAAAAGCUUCAGGUGGGAGCUAGAGGGUAGUAAAGUUAAAUAAGCAUGGCCAAGAUAGUUCCUCUUAAUUAAAUUACUAAAUAUCUAUACAUUUAAGCUGUGUCUAUAAAUUGCUUCUUGAUUGUUUAAUUGAUUCCACAUAGAUAGGCUAAUAGUCUUCAUAACACUUCAUCACCACAUCAAAUUUGUGAAUUAAUUUUGCCAUGUUUGAUCUUAAUAUGCAGCUAAAAGACCCCCCAAAAAGUAUAUUAGCGCGUACAAAUUCUGGAAAGAAGAGGGUAGAAUUCACCACAGCACAGAUGUAUCAAUUCAAACAUUUUUUAAUGUAUGCAUAACUAUUAUUAUUAUCCCAAUUUUCCCUUGA